CGAUAGGGAAAUAUGAAGGGGAAUCGGAAAGUAGUGUGAUGAACACCACCACCAUUACCACAUAGCGGGCCGUCACCGAUGACACCACCAUCACCACUAUCGCCUCCACCACCGCCGUCUCCAACACAUCACUGACAGUAUAUAUUCGACGUACGGGAAAUACUCGAGCGCCUGUUCCGCUGUUGUUCUUGUCACUGCUUCUGUAACGGCGAUUAUUGUCGUAGUCAUUCACCGUUGUUGUAUACAUUUGUGUAAUUGUCGUCCUGCUCGUUUCUUCCACUACUCUAUGGUAAUCAUUUUAUUUAUAGAUACACGCACACACAUCCGUAUACACAGGAUAAAAUAAAAGUCCGGAAAGAAAAAAAAAAGGAAUAUAUUAUUAUACAUACAAAUCAUACUCAUCGCCUUGCGUAUAAUGCGUGUUCCCUUCCCAAGACCAUGCUAUAUUUUGGACUUUCAACCCACUCAAUUACACAAGAGAAAGAUAUGUUAAAAGUUUUGCUUAUUCUUACAGUUACAAUAGAAAAGGCUCGGACGUGCGACCGUCAUUGAUUGUGCUUUGGCUGUUGUUUGACUGUGAUCAAUAUAACAUAAUAUUAUAUUAUAUAUAUAUAUAUAUAUAUAUAUAUAUAUACACACAUAGGAUAUAUAUAUACGUAGUAUAUAUGAUAUAUACGUGUUGAGAUACGUCAGAUAAUGCCCAGACAAUACUGAGAACGUCCUAUCAAUGAUUGGAUUUACCUUUAACUGAUUGAUACGUACAACGGACAGAUUGGCUGUCAAAAUGAAUCACCGGAUUACCAGGCAGUUGCUCUAUUCCAGCCUCUAUUUGCUCAGUGUUUAUACGGUGGCAACAAUAGCCGUCCAAGACAUAUAUGGAGUUACACCAAACGCAAGGAUUUACAGACGUGCGGUGGCUGGUGUGUUUGUGAGAAAGGUAGUAGGGUAUAACAAUGACACCAAAGAGAAAGCUGUAUCUUACCAGCUGUUCACUCAGGGGGAACUGACGAAUGAAUAUUUCAUGAUUAAUAAACACUCUGGUGAAAUCAGUACAAUGACAGCUAUAGACAAACCUGUUGGUCAUCAGUUCGCAUUGAAUAUACGAGCAGCUUUCAAUGGAAACACUUUUCGAAAUCGUCAGCUUUUGGUUGAUGUUGUUGAAAACAACAAAGAAGCGCCACAAUUUUCAAAAUCUUUAUAUUCUUUCUUAGUCUUUCAGUUUGAAAACCCUGGCAAGAUCAUCGGCUAUUUAAACGCCACCGAUGAUUCCAAAGAAGACUAUAAUAGACAGAUUACUUACGAGAUACUAGAACAAAAAUAUCCAAUUCUAUCUUUAGAUAAACACAGCGGUCGCCUUCAACUCAAUGAUACGUUACGGCUUGAUCUCAAGGAUAUCAACUUCACGGUGAAGGUAUCAGAUAACGGCUUGCCGCCAAAGGCGGCAUGGGCAUUAGUUAAUAUCAAAAUUGUCGGUCUACCAGAAUUAAAAACCUUUUGUACAAUUACGAAAGGGAAAACAUCGCAGAUAUGCUGGAAGAACCCGGUACACAAGCUUAAUUAUACAUACAACAUUGAAAUUCGAAACGAAAAAUACCACCAUCGUAACACCGUUUCCGGUGGCACCGAACACUGCUACAAUACGCCGUUACGUGACAGUGGCAAUGAUGUCUAUUUCUACAGAGUGCAAUCUAUAUUCUUCAGUGAAAUUAGUCCAUUCAGUCAAUGGCGACAAGCAGUUGAUAUGCGCCCGGACUGUGACAAAUUCGACCAAUGUUUAAUUCGCUCUCCAUGUGCCCAUGGGGGAACGUGUGUUUCGCAAGCAAAUAAUUUCACCUGCUACUGUACUCGAGGCUGGCGAGGUAAAACAUGUGAGGAUGAAGAUACAUGUGCUCACAAAGUCUGCUUGAACAACGGCACUUGUAAGAUGACGUCCCACAACGAAUUCAAGUGUAAAUGUCCUGAUGGAUAUGUUGGUGAGUUUUGCGAGUUCUCAAAUCCAUGCACAUCUAUUCCUUGCCAAAAUGGCGCCGCGUGUAGAAUACGUUCUAAUGCCACUUUUCAGUGCGAUUGCUCUCCAGGAUACUCCGGUGAAACGUGUGACUCAUUGGACCCAUGUGGUUUGAAACCUUGCAAAAAUGGAAAGUGUAUAGCAGUUACCGAAAAGGAUUUUAAAUGUCAAUGUAAAUCUGGUUACACUGGACCACUGUGUGAUGUGUUUAAUUUUUGUAGCUUAUAUAACCCUUGUCAUAAUAAUGGAAUUUGUAUUCCCACACAGAAAAACUCCUAUAAAUGCAAAUGUCCAACGAAAUAUAAGGGUAGGAAUUGUUCUUACCUCGAUCCCUGUAUUGCUAUCAAUUGUAAAAAUGGAGGAACAUGUCAUAUCAGCAAUAUUACAGGAAAGCAUUGUUUAUGUAAACCUGGUUUUAUUGGAGGAGAGUGUCAAAGGAGAGAUUUAUGUCAUCUUUUGAAACCCUGCAAAAACGGUGGAACCUGUAUCAUGAACGAUAACGACACGUACAAGUGCCUGUGCGUGAAUGGUUCUAUAGGGGACCAAUGCCAGUUAUGGGACCCGUGCAUUUCGGCAACAUGUCCGUCCAAUAAAUCGUCAGGUUGUGUCAGGUUAUCGGACAUUGCUUACCGCUGUAAAUGUAAAGCCGGUUACACAGGGGACCUCUGUGAGUUGGACGCAUCUGGUUGCCAAUUUUCCCCUUGCAAGAAUAAUGGCACGUGUCAUCUGGCAUUUGAUACACCUGCAGGUUACAAGUGCCGAUGCGCAGGGGUGUAUUCAGGAACCCACUGUGAUGAGUGGGAUCCAUGUACAAUAAAUAGUUGUUACAAUGGAGGUACCUGUUCAAAACUGAGUGGUGGAAGCUAUACCUGUUCAUGUCCAAAGGGUUAUGUAGGGAAAAUGUGUGAAAUAGAACUAGCCUGUCAUAAAGAUAUUUGCUUAAACGGUGGUCAGUGUUUGGUAAUUUACAAGCAACCCGUAUGUGUUUGUUUGGAAAACUUUACUGGUCUUUAUUGUCAGGAAGAAAUAACAUGCCAUAAUACAACAUGUUAUAAUGGCGGGUUUUGUAAAAACAACGGCGUUUGUCAGUGUUUGCCAGAUUUUACAGGUGAACAUUGCGAAACUGUAAAUCCUUGUCUUUCAAACCCGUGUCUUAACGGUGGAACUUGUCGAGGAACUACCGAUGGUGGAUUUAACUGUACAUGCAUGCUUUCCUUUGAAGGAAACUUGUGUCAGAAAAAGCUGAGUGCUUGUGUACGUUUAAAUCCUUGCAACGACAGAAGCGUAUGUACACCGACACCUUCUGAUGGUUUUAUCUGCAACUGUAAGCCCCAAUUUAGUGGCGAAAACUGCACAGUAGAAGUCACAUGUCCCGAGGAGCUACAAACAGACAAAAGUGGAAAGUACAAUUGGCCUGAAACUACAUUUAACAAUACAGUGGAACUGCCAUGCAGUAAUGACCCAACAGAUUCUCAGAUGACUGCUUCUCGUCAAUGUUACUUUAAUACAACACUUGGAAAGGUUGUAUGGCUCGAUAUGAAUACGACAUUAUGUCUCGAAAUUGGUCGUGAGAAAGCUUCCGAGACUUUACAGGGACUACAAGCUAUAGCGGAAGAUCCUUCGGCUCUAACUGCCGAUCAAGUGGCUAAUCUAACGGAGGAUUUAGAGAACAUUUUCACAUAUUCGCUUGAAGAUGUUCAGAUGGCUGCUACUAUGACAGAUGUAAUCAGUAACAUGUUAGAUGUCAAUGCAACUGUCUUGACAAGCAGCAACAAACGGAACAAGACCAGCGACAGGUUGAGACAUCUUUUAGAAGACUACACAGCUAAAGCGAUUGUACCAAAAACCAGCAUCAUCAACAUAAGCAGCUCCAACAUUAAUAUGAUGGUGAGAAAUAUCUCAGUACUUCACUGGAACUCGGAUAGUAACCAGACAUAUGAUUAUGGUCCUUAUUUUGACCAAGGCACACAAGCAGUGCCUGAUAAUAACAUAUUAAAGUUCAGAAUUCCCCUGUCAGUCCUUCAAUCAAAGGACAAUGUCACUAAAAUAAUCAAUGAACGUGUACAAUUGAUCGCUUACAACAAUGCAAAAUUUUUCAUGGUUGAAAAUCAAGCUCAACUGGAUUAUCUGGACAAACAGAAAGUAAUUUUUGUCAAAAUCAAAGGCAGACAAUUGAAGAACCUUACCACUCCUGUCAGUUACAUGAUGUCGAAUGUUGAACCUGGAAAGAACAACACUUGUGUGUUCUGGAAUACUCUUAAUAGCACUUGGUCAACUGAAGGACUAACUACCAAAUAUAUUGACCCGAACACCACUUUGUGUGAAUCAACUCAUCUGACAAGCUUUUCUGUACUUCUAAAUACUUCCCCAGGUGAACUGUCAGAAAUCCACCAGAAAAUUCUGAGCUACAUAUCCUACAUUGGAUGCAUCAUUUCCAUUGUUGGCAUUCUUCUUACCAUUAUCACAUAUGGUCUCUUCGGAUGUCUUCAUGGUGACCACUCCGGUAAAAUCCUGCUGAAUUUGUGUAUGUCGAUGUUACUACUGAACAGUGUGUUCCUUGUAACAAGCCAAGUAGAUUCUAUGAAGACAGAAGAGUCAGCAGAAGCACUGUGUUUCACUCUCACCAUACUCUCACAUUUAUUUCUGUUAACGACACUUACCUGGAUGUGUGUAGAGGCCUUCAAUAUGUACCAGCUUCUUGUCACCGUGUUCAGUAUAUACCACAGUCAUUUCAUGUUAAAACGAAUGUUUGUCGCCUGGGGUGAGUAUUAUCCUUGCUUCAUCCAGCAUAUAAUAUUACUAGUAUGCCCGCGUCGUCAAAAAUAAAUGUGAUGUCUUUUAGUUAUA